CGCUGUCGACUCCUCCGGCGCGGAGGCUGCCGGCCCAGAGAGAGGCGGGACGCCGCCCGAGCAGCAGCUGGAGGAGUCGCGCCGCCGCCGCCAGGACCAGGACCAGGACCGGGCCCGGCCAUGGCUCCCCUGCCCCAGGCGCGCCUCCUGCUCCUGCCCGCCGCCGCCCCUGCCGCCUCCUCCUGCCCGGCCUCCCCGCCCCGCAAGCGGCAGCGCCUGGCCCACCUGAGCCCCGAGGAGAAGGCCCUGCGCCGGAAGCUCAAGAACCGGGUGGCGGCGCAGAGCGCGCGGGACCGCAAGAAGGCGCGCAUGGGCGAGCUGGAGCGGCAGGCCCUGGAGCUGGAGGCCGAGAACCUGAGGCUGGUGGCCGAGAACCAGGCGCUGAAGGAGCAAGGGCAGCAGCUGUCGCUGGAGAACCGGGAGCUGCGCCUCCGCCUUGGCCUGCCCGCCCUCCCGCCCUCGGAGCCCCGCGGGGAGGACUUCAAGUCUGAUCUUCUCCUGGGCCUUCUGGACAGCCUGGAUCCAGACAUGUUCCUGCGCUGCAGCGGCCCCGAGGCAGCCUGCCUGGAGAAGCUGCAGCAGGAGGUGUGUGGCGGAGAAGCGGAUUCCUUACCAGCCUCCCCGUGUUCCCCUCUGGGGCCCACACCACCCCAGCUGGAGGCCAUUAAUGAACUGAUCCGUUUCGAUCAUGAGUACACGAAGCCCUUCUUCCUGGAGAUUGUGUCAGGGGAGGGUGGCCAAACCAACAUGCUAGUGAGGCAGGAGGAAGCCGUUCCUUCCCCCUCAGAAAGGGGUCCCUUUGAGCCCCCUGUCUCCGUGAAGGAGGAGCCUGCAGACCUUCUCUCCCCAGAGCUGGGCAUCUCCCACUUGCUCUGUUCUGCCCAGAAGCCUCUGCUGGACGCUUCCAGUGAUUCUGGUUAUGAAGGCUCCCUGUCCCCUUUCAGUGAUCUGGCCUCUCCCCUGGACACAGAGUACGGGUGGCAGGAGGCUUUUGCCAAUGAACUCUUUCCCCAGUUGAUCAGUGUGUAAAUGGGCACCUCACUGCCCCCACCAUGCCAAAAAGGACAGGGUUACUCUAAGGAACAUUCCUCUUGAAAGUGUUUCAGCAGAACCUGAAGUAUUGUUCUCUUCUUGUAUGUUUUGCUUGCCCAGCUAAGAGUGAGGCAGCUCUCAUGGGUAAGACAUGGAAGUGUUUUGGGAAUAGAAGUGGGCACAUCUGUCCCUGGAAAGAAGAGGCCCUGUUUGGGCAAAUCUUCAAAAAGCUGUCCGCCCCACUGAGGGGCUCUUCCUCCUGCCCCACACUUCCAUCAUGUAAAUAAUGGGUCAAUGUGCGAGACAAAUCUUUUGUAAACAAAAAAAUUCACAUGCUUUUUGAAAUAGUUUUCCAGUUGUUUUCUGCUUUAUAUUUAAGAUUCUGUGCAAUUAAAAUGCCAAGCAAGGGG